AUUUAUUUUUUGGAUUAUUGACUUCCGCUAUGCGGAGUGCUUCAGCGAAGAUGAAGUUUCGAAAUUUUACGAUGUGAAGUUUUACUUUUAGCGUGACAUAACACCGUCACCAUGGACGAAAGAGACGUAGGUCACCAAUCCGCAAAUGGAGACACUGAACAGGAAGGCACGCUGCUGGUGCAGCUGCGCAAGGAGAAGGAAACCAUGGAGGCAGAGUUUGGCCUUAAGAGGGCCAAGUUCAAGGAGCUCUUCAUGCAGAAAGAAGAGGAGCUGCAGGGGGAGCGAGAGCAGCGGGAGGCCCUGGAGGAGAGCCUGCGGCGCCUGCAAGCUGAGCUGGACGAGGCCCGCUCCCUCACAAUGGUGGCCGAGUGCCAGCGGGAGAACGAGCUCGAGACGGAGAGGCGCAAGCACCGUGAGGAGCUUGCCUCCUUGCAGCACAUCCUCAAGGAAAACACACAAGAGGCGCUACGAAGCUCGAGUCGUUAUGAGAAAGAAAUGGCCCGCUACAAGAAGCUGAGCGAGAAGCUUGAACAGGAUCUGCACGAGCUGAGGACACAGCAGGCCCAGGAGAGGGAAGGCGUGCUAGCGGUGGUCACCAAGUCCCUAAAGCAGAAAGUGGGCAAUCUGAGUCCUAACCCCUUUUCCUCUUCCAGCGAUAACAGCGUGGAGAACCUAGAAGAGAGCAUGCGCAAGGCGCAGGAGGAUGCGGAGAUGCUGCGCUCCCUGGUGGUUCCCCUGGAGGAGGAGAUUGGGGCCCUGAAGGACAAGCUGCGCUCUACGGACGAGCAGCUGCACGUGUACGAGGCGGCUUUCAGCGGCCUGGUCCGGGGCCUGGGCUCGGGCUCCCUCGGGGACGCCAUCCGGGGCAAGAGUCCUGCCGAGGUGCUGGGACACCUGGACGACAAGCUGACCAGCCUCUGCCAGGGGCUGCAGGCAGAGAAGGCUUCCCGGAGCGACCUGGAGAUGUAUGUGGCCGUGCUGAACACCCAGAAGACAGUCAUCCAGGAGGACAUGGAUCGGUUGCGCAAGGAACUCGGCGAAGUGUGCGAGCUGCUGGAGCGCGAGAAGCGUGAGCACGGGGCCCUGAAGCGUACCUGGCAGAUGGCCAACGAUCGCUUCCUGGAGGCACAGCAGGCGCACGUGCGGGACCUGGCUCGGCUACAGACGGUGCUCACGGGAGACCAGCAGCGCCACCUGUCACAGCUCAGGCGCAGCGAGGCACCACACGCCGGUGCUGCCGCCACGCUGACCACCCGGGAAGGGGCCCCCGCCACCGGGUCCGAGGGCCGGCCCCCGCAGGCGUCCCGGGAGUCCCACUCCUCGGAGCAGCAGCAUGCGUCCCCCCUGCGGUCCGGCAGCGACCUGCCGGGGAACAGGUUCGGGGCGCUGGAACCCCCGCAGUUUGCCAGGGCAGGAGGACGGCUGGGACGGGCAGACGACGACCGGAUGCACAGCUCCCCGGCCAACCUGAAUGUGAACAAGCCCCCCGCGGCGGCACUGCUGGGACCCCAGGAGCAGGGCCACCACCGGCGGUCCCUGUCGAGCUCGGACCUGCCCCUGCGGCCGGAGGGGGUCGGCCCCGCCCUUGGGCCCAGGGGACGCGCGGACGACACCCAGUCCCUCGGGGGGGACUGCACUUCCGUCCCCAACACCUCCGUCAGCCUCACCAGGGAUCAGCUGAGUGCACUCUCUGACGCAACACCCGAGAUGGAAGCCCGCAAGUCAUUACUGGAGAUGGCACGGAUGGAGUAUGACGACGUGCUCAGCGUGGGCAAGCGGGUGGUCAGCGACAAGGAAUGGCUGCGGCUGGAAGACGAGCUGCAGCACCUGCGGGAGCGCCUGUGCCAGCCGUGCGAGAUGUGCAGCAACUACGAGGUGCAGCUGCAGCAGGUGCAGCGUGACCUGGAGCGGCACAUGAAGGAGCUGGCCGUGACGCGCCAGGACCUCUCCCACGAACGCUCCUUUCGCCAGGGGCUCGAGCAGCGCUUCGCAGACUCCGCCACCGAUGUCCGGCACCAGGUGUGCGAGCUCCAGGAGCGCCUCCAAGCGGCAGAAUCCUCCCUGGAGGAGGCUCGUCAGGCGCAGCUGGCGUGCGUGUCGGACACGCGCCACCACGUGUCCCAGCUCAAGGAGCACCUGACCCAGCUCAAAGACAAGGCCCUCCGGGUUGAGCAAGACAACCACCAGCUGCUGGGGCGCUACGUGGUCAGGGCCAGGGCGCUGCAGGACCAGCCCAUCAACCUCCCAGACUCCAUGGAGGACCUGCGCUUCCAGUACCUGCAGCUGCAGGAAGACCUGAUCAAGGUGCAGCUGGACAAGGAGAAGCUGGAGGAGACCCUGCGCAGCGAAAUCCACUUCCUGCGCGACCAGGCCGACGCCGAGCAGCACUGCAAGCGCCAGCUGGAGGACGCCCUCAGCCAGGAGGUGCACGGCCUCAGGCGGCAGCUCGACGAGUUGAGCCAGGUGAAGGAGCAGCUAGAGCAGGAGCGGCGCUGCAGGCUCGAGAAGGAGAAGGAGAAGGGUCGCUGCGAGCUGCGGCUGGCCCAGGUGGUCGGGGAGGCGGACGAGCGCCUGCACGCGCUGCAAAAGGCCCACGACGGGCUGGCCUCCGCAAAGGACAAGCUGGAGGCAGAGGUGCUGCAGCUGCGUGGCCGUGUGCAGACGCUGCAGACGGAGCUGGACAACAGCGAGGCAGUCCAGCGGGACUUCGUCAAGCUGUCCCAGUCACUCCAGGUGGAGCUGGAGAAGAUCCGGCAGUCUGACAGCGAAGUCCGGUGGCAGCACGAGGAUGACGUCGGGGAGUGCAACACCUGCAAGCGGGGCCUGCACGCCCGUAAGGAGAAGCACCACUGCAGCCACUGUGGCAAGAUCUUCUGCAUCGAGUGCCUGGGCAAGGCAGUCCGGUCGGGCCCCAAGAUGCGCUCGUUCCCGGUGUGCAACGUGUGCCACACCCUGCUGGACCACGACACGGCGCCCUACUUCAGCAGCGAGCCCCCCCAGACGCCCAGCUAAGUUCCACGGGGGCCGGACCGCUCCGCCUCCCUCCGCUCCGGCGGACCCCGCUGUGGCGGCGGAGAACCCGCACUCACGAUGGCCAUCUCGGUCCAUAAAGACUCUGUCGGCGACAGUUCCGCACUUGUGUCGGCCGUCUCGAUCCGCCGCUGCCCCGAAAACUCUGCGGGAUUCCUGCCUUCCUCUCGCUGCGCCCUCUACGAAGGAUCCAGAAAGGCCAGCUUCGAGAGCGAUCGUCCACCUUUGAAAGUGGCUCCCAACUGGUUUCUAGCAAAUAGUGUCGAGGAAAACGGGGAUGAGAAAAGGGGAAGGGGUUUGCUGUCGUCCGCUCGCGUUUGUCGUCCAUUGUUUCGAAUGGCAACGGCACUCGGAAGUCGUGUUCAAGGAGUCGGUAUGCGUUGAGCCCCUUCGACAGAGUGUGUGUGUCUGCGCGGAAGAAACGUUUGAGGCGCUGCUGGUGGAAAAGGAGUGUGUGCUCACCUGGCAUUGAGGCCUCUUAUUUUGUACAAAUGUUUGUGCAGCUGGGUAUGCCGAAAUUAAGUCUGUUUGUGAGCCUUUUUCAGUAUGUCAGUUGUAGAAUGCUGUGACCGUGUUGACUUCAAGCACGUUUUUAAAUCUCACGUAUUGGAUUGUGGAGAUAUCCUCGACUUCCUGCUUUCGAUUUUAAUAAUUGUCUGUUCGAUUCAGCCGUUGAAUCGUAUAAGAAGUAUGGAAACCUAUUGAACAUUUUGAAAUAGUACAACUGUGAGUAUGUAGCAGAAGAUUUCAGCUUUGUUCAGUGCACCUCCUUACGGUGUAGCAGCAUGCGGAGGAAAUGCGCAACCCCCUUCCAGGCAUCUUCACGUGCUUGUGAAAUUUUUUUUAAAGAAAAUUCUGGUUUAUGGGAAUGUUAAUUGUUUGAAAACCCAGCAGACAUAGGCUGUGAGCACCAUUCCUUCAUUAUGUUUCUGGAACAUUCUCUAAAUUCAGAAUUUUAGUGACAAGCAGCAAUAAAGUGAACGAGGCUUGCUCUUGAACAUUAUUAGGAAUUUCAGUUUUGCUAAUGCAUGUUUUGUUUUCUCACAAAAUAUUUAAGUCAGUAUAUUUGAAUAUACAUUUAAUUUGACACAAUUUGAAUGUAACGACUAGUAUUGAAUUUGUAGUCAUGCAGAACUUAUAUUUUUCCCACUUCAGAUAAAUCAAAAACUGAGGGGGUCAGUUUACUUUACUAAAGACUCUAUGGUAAAAAAAAAAAAAAAAAUUAUUAGUAAGUGCUGAGCAAGUGUGUGCCUUUUGCAUCCCAAGAGCACCCCAGCAACCUCAGAUGAUUGGUCCAUGUCAUUCAAGACGUCCUCAAACUUUUCAAGCUUGAGGAAUGCCAAUCUCUCUCAAUCGAUAGCCGAAGUCUCUGCAUUGCUGCAAAUAAGGUAGUGGAGAGGCCUACAAGCCUUGUGAACAGUAAUCCACAUGAUAAGGAGGGGUCGGCACAUAGGUAUGCAUUAAUGGACGACACAAAAUCUUCUAAACCAGUGCUUAAACUGGAAGAACACUUAGGGACAAGGACAGUCAAGAAAAUUUGGAAACUCGGCAAACCGCCGAGGGGGUUCUCUGGGGUACCUCUGCUGCGGACAAAAUUGAAUUUAUAUUCUAUUCAACAUUAGUCAUUACAGGACUGGGUGCAUAGUCUAAAAGUGUUGUGUACACAACACUUUGUCGGUAUAGCACUAACAAACUUUGAAAAGUUGCGUAUGAAAAGUUGUGUUCUCUGGCAGUUCGCACAAUCAAGACUAACUGGGAUGCAAUUUUCUUACCUUUAUUUGGUAUAUUCACUCGUUGUUCAAUAGUAUUCAUUUUAAUACUGAGGAUGUACUUUGAAAAAACAAAACGUGCUCCGCUUGUGUUUGAUGAGUUCGGACUUUUUGUGCACUCUACUUUGUCAAUUUUUGUUUCUUCUUAGUAUUUCAUUAGAAUUAAGCCAUCAUGUAGCCUCUCCCUUCUACAAACCUGAUAAUCCUGUCAGUUUUCUCCUCGUCCCAAUGGUGAGAAGGAGUUUAAGAAGGGGUUAAGAGAGGAGGAUGUAGCUCCUCGAACACUCCACUAGCAGUUUCACCUAAGGAUGAGGUCUUGAUGGUUGAAGAGAGAAGGGAAGUGGAGAAAAAGUGGAUAUUGCAAAGCUUAGAUCAGACUUUAAAUGAGGCUCUCAUAGGUUUGACCCUCAGUAAGUGAAUGUUUGUAAAAAGCUUAUUCGGCAUCCAUGCCUCCAAGGUGGUGGUCUUGUCUCCUGAAAUGUUGAACAGUUCUGCUUGGUCCCUUGGAGUUGCAUUUGACGAGGUUCUGGUGGGGUUGCACACAGCCUACGAAGAAGCUGUUGUACAUUCGACAGAGAUGACUGUGGUCCGAAACUCGGAACAAUUCCAGCUCGAGAUGUGACUGGAGCCUGUGUGCAACUGCAGCCAAAGUUUCUCUGUGAAAAAGGUGACGAUUCUUCCCACGGAUAAUUGUGACUACAGCUCGGUUGUGACUAUAAGUUUAGCUGCUUCACUCCAGACACGUUCUGCUCUAAGGAGAGGGUUGGGCAACUGGCCGCAGUUGACUUCAUAUCUUUAACAAGUGGUUCCGCAUUUUUUUUUUUUCUGGACAUUUGUUUUAUAUUUUAACAGCUCGAGAGCCACCCACUCCUCGGGUUUGGCCAUAGAGAAGUGGCGACAAAUGUAAAAAUACAACUGCUAAUGCAGGACGACUAGCCUGGGGUUUUCGUUUUAGAAAACGCCUGUGUUAAAACCUGCGUCGUGCAUCCGUCUUGCCGUUUGCAUUGGAGGAAAGCUUUUACAUGCUUAUCUCGAUUUCGUUUUUAGUUUUUGCAAUAGCCGGAAAUAUGAGGGGAGAGGCUUAUACUAAUGUCUGGGGAGAGUUCAAGGCUCAAGGAAUGAGAAAUUGAAGAAGCACAACUGUCAUGCGGCCGACAGCAAGCGAUCUAAACCGAGACGAGCGCAUCUGUGUGCAUGAGAUUUGACGUUGCAUUUUUAGCUUUGACUCGAGCUACAUAGCAGGCCUUAUUUCGUGUCAGCAGGGAAAAUUGUAUUGCUUUAUAUUGGUUCGGUUAAGGUUUGAAGGACAACCUGCAAACAAGGGAAAUUGUUCAUGUUAAAAAACAGCACGACUGGGGCUGGGAAAAAUAGCGCGACUGAAACUCUUACCAACUUGCCCAAUUAUCUAUCCUUAGGAAUUGUUUUUUUUUUUUUUUUUUAGUAAACUUUUUUUUUUUUUGAGUGCAGUCAGAUUUGCAGCUGUCAUGACGGCACGAGUUGCUGUUUUCAGAUUGUGCUAGCGGAGGAGUGUAGUUUGGAAUGUAGCAUAUUAAAAAGAACAAAUAGAAGAACUUGCUUUGUUGUGUGCUGCAGAGACACAAGUACAGUUCAGAACUUCCGGUGACCUUUAACCACGAAAGGAUGAACCGACCAAAACGCUUGGAGUGCCCCUAACUAUGGGGGGUUCAUUGGCAUAGGUGCCAUUGAACUCGGUUCAAAGAGGCAUGAAUCAAAUAAUACCUUGCAAUUCCUAGUUUUUAGAGGAAAAGUGUGGUUCGAAGGGACAAGGGUUACCUUAGCAUCGAGGAAGCUACGAGAGAUGGAGCACCAUGCACAUAAAAGGUUUUGGGGUCGAGUUUGGCUGAAUCCAUGGUUGCUGGCAUAUUGUUCCUGCAUCUACCAUUUUAUAGCUAUUGAGCGGCCAUGUUCACUCAUGUGAUGGACUGCAGAUUCAAGAUAUUGGCUUUAGGCGAGCUAGAGAGAAACCACAUGCAGAAACACCCAGGGCAUACAUUGCCUGCCUUUGGAAAGGUCCAUCGCAAAUUUCGGGUUUUUUUGAAAAGGUGUUCAAACUUUUUCUUUUUUUGCCAGAACUUCCACAUGGAUGGUCAGAAAAACACUGGAGUAUAUUUUGUCUAACAUAAAGGCCUCGCUUCAUCUAUCAAAUUAUUUCCCUUUGUCUGCGGGGCUUGCCAGCCAUACCUCGACUGAUACUAUAGCACACACCUCUUGCAUAGUUGCGCCUGCUUUAUUACAGUCAGUCUGUCCGCUUACGGUAGAUGUAUUGACUGGAAGUAGCAUGAAGUAUGAUUUUAUGUGGAACCAAGGUUGAUCAUUGGUUCUUUUUAGUUGCAUGAAGUAAAGUGAACCAUGUUGGUUAUUCAGCUGGUUUGUGAUACAGUGUACAUAGUUUGUAUCAUACGAGGAUAUAGCAAAUAUGUAGAAAUGCUGUUUCAAAUUCCUUGUUUUUAGUCCACAUCUUUGCUUUGUCUAUUGCUGUUGGAUUGGAGUACUCUUACAAAUUGGUGCCUGUACAGUGUUGCCUGUGUGCCCCUCUGAAUGUGUGAAUGAUGGCACAUGUUUAGGCAAGUGUGACAAUGUCCUGCAGAGUUUAAAGCAGUCCUUGUAUUCAGGGUGGGUAGCAUGACCUAUGAUAAGCAAUUUCUGCUCUUUUCUCCCUUGUGGGUUUUAUUCACACAAACCAUUUUUAUGUAGUUGCCUCUCUAUUGUCUUUGUUUGGCAGGAAUUGCCUUGAAACACUUCUUUCUGUAGUAUUUUACUCCUAGUUGCAGGUUUUUAUAGGUGCAUUUAGUGCAAAUGCAUUUUGCAGGAUUAUCAAGAAAGCAACACUGUAAGACGACUUGAUCACUCUAGUUUCUAGCAAAUAGCUGACAGCUGUACAGUUCUUCUCUUUAUGUCAAGUUUUAUCUAUGAGAAAACUUUAUUUUGGAUGCCACUUGUACUUAGGAAGUGUAUGGGCACUCAUGUAUUUGUGGCCUUUUUUUUUUGGUUUUUCUGCUAAAACUUUGCUGUGAAGCUCUGGAGAAAAAAAUCUUGGCCUUAUUAAUUGGGUAUUUUGUCAUUUGUGGCCAGAACACAAACUUCAUCCCUACACUUGUCAUUUGGUUGACUGUCUGCUAACUCUGGAUCUGAUUGCUUUAAAAACUUAAUUUGCUUUCUCUCUGAAGUAAGUUCAUUAAUGGUGCAUUAAACUGAGGCAAGUGCUAUCACUAGUCGGGGAUUCGUUUCACUUUACAUCUUUGGGGCUCUGAACCAAAAAUAGCAGUCAAGGUUGUAAGUUUUAGCACCUUGACAGCAUUGAUAGAUGAACAAUGCGUUAUGCCCUAUGAACUCUCCCACAUAAGGCCAUCAUUGAUGUCAUGCUCUAUAGUACCAGUUUUUGCAAGAUGUAUGUCAUCGCUAUAGCAACAUGUUGCAUGAUCAGCAAAAAAUUGGUAAUGCCAUGGAGUUGAGGCUCGAUUGUGCGCAUUGUAGUCUGUACUCCAUAUUUCUCGUCUUGUGUGUUCCGCUCUGCCUGGCUCGCGCUUGCAGUUGUACAUAUGUACAGAGUAGGGACUGCAUUUGGAUUGUUUGAUUGUGCUGCUGUUUCGCUUUUGCAUGCAGCCUUGGUGAUUGAGGCACGUGUCCCAUUUCCCCAGUUUGGGUUCUCUCUUAUGGCAAUGCAGGCAUUUUUUUCGACAAAAUUCUUUUAUGUGUCUCACGUUAAAUUUUUAUUUGAUUACUUCAGCACGCAAAAUUUCUUUUAUAACCUUCGUAUGAAAGUUUGGUGCAUGGGCACGUUGGUAAAAUGUUCUUGGGGAAAGGUUUGCAUGAAACUAUUUCUGGGUCUUUUAGUUUUAUUUUUAGCACUUUUAAGGCAGUGUUUUGCCUCAAAGUUUUGUAGCUUAAGUGCUGCACUACUCAUGUCCUCAGAACGAUGGUCAAACAGUUAAAUUCUGAUUGGAACCUUGAAGCAGAAGGAUUUGCUCCAAACUUUACGCUGCCCAACAUCUAGUCGGAUUGCCUUCUGUCUAUGACUUGCACGAAGGGAUUCACACUCCACCCCUGGUUUACAUGAUCGUUAAUGUUUCCAGUUGUGAGACACGGAAUGAAACAAUCGUAAAAUAAAUGCGAGGAAGCUGGUUGCUUGCGGUCAUAAAGAGUAAUCUUGAGGGGAAAAAUUUUAGCACCCUGUUUUGAAGAUGCAAUGAUUUUGUUAACUUUAGAACUUGACUCACUCAAAGAGAAGAAAACUGAUCUUGUGAACACAAGUAUCAACUUUUUCACGUUUCUGCAUACAGUCACCUAGAAGUGUAGCUCUUCUUUUGUUUGAUGGCAAGGAUGAACUUUUGGGACAAUCUGUUUCUUCAGCGAGGCAGCAGAUCUCAAUUUGCUCCACUCUCCAUCUGCAAGGAAAGAUGCCCUGCCGUCGUUCUCAUUCUUUCAGUGAUUAUAUCAUAAAUGCAAGUUGGUUCAAGGUGAACACUAUCAUCAAAAGAAUUCAUCUUUGAAUCCAGGAAAAUAGUUACUUCGGGGAUUUUUUUCUGGCUAUAUUGCCAAGACUUGCUAGGCUCACGCUAUUGCGCUACCAGGAAUGCACAAUAUAAUUAGACGAUUGAAAUAUACGCCUAUCGUGUUUGGUAGCAAAUUAUUAGAGAUGGUGAACCUUGACUAUGUUGCAUUAAACAGACUUUGUACGAUUGUGAAUUGCCUUGCCUUGCCUUGCCUUGCCUUGGUAGUGAGCGAACUUUGAUUUGGCAACGUACAGGUGGAGAAACUGUCUUAUCGUGAGAUAUUCUAUUUAUUGCUGUUGUUUUAUUUCUUGCGACUAAUCUGUUUCUAGUGUAAACCGCCACUUCUGCUGUGUCAAAACCUGUGUCUGUUUCUCUCUGAAAUUGUGCUUCUUUAGGUAUGGAUGAACUCGCAUUUAGAGGAGGAUACCUGUUUCUUCGGCAGAAGUGGGGUGACCAGAGAGGAAGCGGGGUGACGCACAUCACUUGUGGACUUUGUUCACGGUGCGUCAUCUCGUGCCAGAGCUCAAGGGAGGAACCCAUGUUCCUGGCGGGGAGGGAGCGUCUUUGCGCGGGCGGAUCUCUUGACGACACCAAAGGGUUAGGUUUCUUCUGCCACGACAGUUACGCGCCGGGCGCGUUGCCGUCUUUGCCACUGUUCCGUAAACUUAUUUGGGGUGCCGCGCAACAGAAAUUUAUUUCUCCCCCUUUUUUUUACUUUUUUUUUUUAUGUACUGGGUGCCGGCGGGUUCGAGGUUUUUUUGCUGUACAUAGUAGUUUUCUGCAUGCCUGCUCUCGAACCGAAUGUUAAUAAAAUGCACGCCUGUGAAA